CAAGCCAAACUUUAAUAAAGAGCUUUUCAUCCGGGGAGUUGAGAUUGUAAAACGAGGGAAGUCAAGCCUUUUCCGCAAAGUAGGAAGGCAUAUUAUGGAUGAAUCUAUGAAGGUGGAUAAUUCACGUACCUUACAUCAAAUCAUAGAGGAUGUUCUUAGGGAAACUGUAAAGGAUAUUUCUCGGACAGAUCUUAAUGAAAUAAUUAAAACUGCUGUGUGGAAGCCUGAUAAAGAUAACAAGAGUGUACAGCGCUUCAUUUCACGAAUGCGAGAUAGACAUACCCGUGAAGAAGCAGACGCCAAACGGCUCAUUAAAAAGGGCCUAACACCCGAGCCUUAUCUUUAUCAAAUUCCAGAACCAGGUGAGCGCUUUGAAUAUGUUGUAGUUGAGAAUAAUUCAUCGGAAAGAGUGGGGGACAAAAUGGAGUACCCAGAAGUAGCAAGACGACUUA